AAAGAUUAAUUAUGGUAUCACCUGUUGGAAUUCCUCCAAGUCCAUACGAAGAUCUCAAAAAUAUUAAAGAUAAUGUAAAUGGACGUACAUUACCUUUAUGGUUAGUAAAAUUAUGGGACGCAAAUUUUACACCACAAUUAUUAAUGAGAUUGGUUGGACCAUUUGGACCAUCGUUAAUUUCACAAUAUACAUCUCGUCGGUUUGCUAAUCUUGAUGAACAAGAUCGAAUUGAUUUGCACGAUUAUCUUUAUCACGUUUCUGCAGCACCCGAUGGAGAGGAAGAUUGGAUGGAUUAUCGAGAAGCCAUAAAAGCCUCUGUUAAGAUGAAUGUACCAACAAAAGUAAUUCAAAUUCCUCAUUCGGGUCAUCAUUUAUACAUUGAUAACCCUGAAGAAUUCGACAAAGCUGUGAUUAAUGAAAUGGUAGAAGUUGCAAAUAGUUGA